GCCGUAAAUAUCAACAGAAGAAGAAGAAGCCGAAGAAGAAAGAAGGGAGGAAGGAGGAGGCUAAUCUAAAUUAAGCUAAACUAGUUCACAAAGGGUUAAUGACACUUUGAUUAUUAUUGGACUGCAACCCGCAACUUGACGUUUGUUUUAUGCAGCAGUACUGUAGUUGUGCUCUGUACGUUUGGGGGCGUGCAACCGGUGAACUUUACCACCAAAGACUUUAGUUUCGCUGCAGUUUCAUCGAUCUCUAAAGACUCCGGACUCUGGGACCAGCAACCCUGCGAUGUUGUCAGUCGCCAUCAGGUCAGCUCUCACGAAAUACAGGGGGUUGUGGCUGCCCAGCCAGUGCGCGUCCAGGGCCAUGUCGUCUUCAGGUGGUCCCACCUCUCCUUACACUACCCUGGCCAUCAGUCAGCCGGCAGAGUCCGUCACACACGUGGAGCUUCACCGCCCGGAGAAGCGCAACGCCAUGAACAUGGCCUUCUGGAGUGAGAUGGUGGAUUGCUUUAAUGAGAUUGCUGGAGACCCAGACUGCAGAGUGGUGGUGGUUUCUGGGGCGGGGAAGAUCUUCACAGCUGGCAUUGACCUGAUGGACAUGGCCGGCGACGUACUCCAGCCACAGGGCGACGACACGGCCAGAGUUUCCUGGAACCUCAGACAAAAGAUCACCAAGUAUCAAGAGACGUUCUCCGUCAUAGAGAAGUGUCCGAAGCCUGUGGUGGUGGCCGUCCAUGGAGCCUGUGUCGGAGGAGGUGUCGACCUGAUCACAGCCUGCGACAUCCGCCUGUGUACCCAGGACGCCUGGUUCCAGGUCAAGGAAGUGGAUAUUGGCCUUGCAGCAGACGUCGGGACGCUCCAGAGGCUUCCUAAAGUCAUCGGCAGCCGCAGCCUAGUGAACGACUUGGCUCUGACCGCCAGGAAGAUGUAUGCAGAUGAAGCCAAGAGCAGCGGGCUGGUCAGCCGAGUGUUUGCAGAUAAGGAGACCAUGAUGACUGGAGCUCUGGAGCUGGCCGGGGAGAUCGCUGGUCGCAGCCCCGUAGCUGUGCAGGGAACCAAAAUCAACCUCAUCUAUGCCAGAGACCACAGUGUGGCAGAGGGACUGGACUACAUGGCCACGUGGAACAUGAGCAUGCUCCAGACUCAGGAUGUGAUGAAAUCAGCUCAGGCCGCCAUGGAGAAGAAGAGUCCCAAGACUGUGGCAUUCUCCAAACUCUAAACCCGACUGAGACAAAGCUCGGAAAUAAACACUAAAGCUGCCGUUUUGAUUCCUCCAUCGGGGCCUUUCUGGAACUACGCGCUAUUUGAUGUCUGUUCUACACUCAGCCUUUAACACCAAAAACAAAAUACUGGUCUAGCAGCCUGCGGCCAUUUGGGGAUGAUUUAAUGAGACGGAGGCUUGAACCACUGUUGGAAAUAUAAUGAGAGCAGAUGGGAUUUGUUCCCGAGCAGCUGUGGAAAAGCCUCAGAAACAGCAUUUUCAGGAUGUUAAAUUUCCAUCUAAACUAAGGACAGACUUACUGUCAACCAUUUCUGAGAUUACACAGUCUGUAACAGACAUCAGUCUAACCCAAUUUGAGAAUGUUGCAUACUCACCUGAAUGUCUGUCUGCGGGUGAUCUGUUUGGGCGGCGGGAACAUGCACUUGGAACGGAAGACUGAGCUAAAUCUAAAGUGACCUUGCUUAUUUUUUCCAGUGUAGAAAAAUUUGUCUGCAGCUGUGGAUUUGUUUCAGUCCGCUGCUGUAUAUAUUUAAAGGGAUAAAAUAAAUAGUAACGGCCAGUUUUUGUAUGUCUGUAAAUGACUUCAUGAAUGUUCUCUUAUUAAAAACUCAUCUGAAAGA